UGAUGAGAGAGAUUGGCAAAUAAAAACUGGAGUUUUCCUUUUUGAGGAGCAGUGAUUUAUUCGGAUUUGUACCUGAAUAUGGCUGUGAUUUAUUUGUAUGUCAGGUUUUUAUUGCACAUUCCAUGACACUUGUCCCGACAACUGACAAUGUUAACUGUGUGCUGACCGCGCCGUGUCGAUCGUGCAGUCAGUUCUUUAUUUUAGUGGCCCAGAAUGGACUCUCCUCCUUUUGCAUCAGUUAAGCUGCCAGUGCGGUGCAGCAGACACUGACUCUCCCUGCUGGCUGGCUGGAGUAGUGGCACCGGGAUGGUUGUUGCUCAAAAAGGGCAGAGAAUGACGGUGUGAGACCAGAAAAACAGAAUGGAGUGAAAUACGAAGUAUACUUUUAAGAGUUCUUAAUUCUUCCUAAGUUUGCAAAAGAAGACGUUCAACAAAAAACUUCCAGAACAGUAACAGAGCAAAGAUUCCUCAACUUUUUCCCAAAAGUCCCCAAAUUCUUCCUAGAUUUCAACGGAAUCUUCCAGAAAGUAUAACUUCCCAAAGGAUAUCUUGAUUUGAUCAAGCACGCUGAUUUCAUAAAGGUCGCUGAUUUCGUCAGCAUCACAAGCUACAUCACAAUGGACUCCCGGCGAAACUCCAACAGACAGAUUCGGACUCGUGCUGGACGAUUAGCUCCCAGCAAACGCUGGCCGUCAGAAGCUAGCCCGGCAACAGGAAAGGCAAACUAUCGACCAAUGACAAGCAUUUCAAGAAAACCUUCUCUUCUAGAAGAACAACCAUCCAGACAAGGAAGCAUCAGCAACGGAGGAAGGAAUGCUCCCUUGGAAACCAUGCCGGAGGGCACCAGUCAACCUGCAAGUAUACAUCCAAGUGACAGUGUUCCAACGUCUAAGGAACGCUACUACUACCAUCAGUCAUCAGAUCCUAAGGUGAUGGCAGAGAUGGCAGUGAUAACCAACUACAUCAAAGAGAAGAAUCUCAUGAGCUCCAUGAUGUCAUGUUGUCAGUUAGUAUUAAGAGAGAACAAUCUUCCUUAUAACCCAUAUCCGCAGUUUGUCACCAAGAUGAGACAAAAUGCUGAAAGAUUCCACAUGUUUUCCAAAUCUACGAGAACCAUCCAGGCACAACUCAAAAAGAAGCUACAUCCCACGACAACCCAACAUAUCUAUGGGGUCAAAGGUCAUAAUGGGGCAUGGGGGCUCGAUGUUGUUCUGAGCAGUAUAAGUCCGCAAGCAUUAAAGCAAUUUGAUUGGCUGAUUGAAGACGUGGCACCAUCUAAGGUUGUGCUCUCGGAUGAGCAAACGGAGUACAGUGGUCAAGUUGUGGUUGCUAUGGUUGGGCCAUCUGUCUUCUCAGGAACGCUGUAUCAAGAAGCGCCCUCGCUUGAUAUCAGGAUUGAAUAUGUCAUUUAUGGUCCUAGUCUUCAAGAGGCGUUGUUAAUAUUCAACAACUGUGUAUCAGAUGACAUCCGGCGUAUGGUGUCAACAGAGUGCCCUCACAAAAUAAUCGGAAUCAAGGUUCCUGGAACCCGCCCCAGUGACUCUACACCACAGCCAGGUGACUUCUGGACCAUUGCACAGGCUAGAGGAGAGUGGGACGAUUUCUGGGACGGGGUAGGUGACGCUGUCAAGAGCAAACAGCCAAUCACAAUACAGUGUGUAUUUCUACUAGACAAAGAACAGAAGGUGUACCGUGCUGGCAGUAAACAGUUUGUCCUUCAUUUUGUGCAAACUUCAGAAAACUCAUCGAAUGAAAAAUUUACAAGUUUUGCUGAGCUUCCUUAUCUCACUUUGUAUGAGGGAUUCUUCUUCAAGAAAGCCCACGCCGACGCCUACCUGAUGACGUUAAAACGUCUGGACAUUGAGGGCGUAACGGAACUACAGAGAGGUCAGAGUAUGGAAGAUAGUCUGCUAUCGCUACAGGAAGAAGUGAGGAAUGAUGGGAGUGACCUCGUUUAUGCAAAUGCUGUGACUGAACCAAUCAGAGAGCACUGGCAGAGGCAGAUGGCCAAACUCCACCCAGUCAGGGAUUCUUUUCUUCUCUCUCAUCUCGCCUUGCUACUCACUCUCUUAGACAGAAGUGAUGAAGGUUCAGAGGUGAAGCUUGAGUUGUACCGAUAUCUACACAGCACUGCAGCGUCAUGGCACACUGCAAUGUCUCUCAAUACAACACUACAACUGUUGGCUGUCACAUUCAAAGAGAAGGAGGCAGACGCUGAAGACCAAGACUUCCUCACCGGUCAGUUUAUGGAGUACAAGAAGAAGCUUCUCACAGUGAUUGAUCCUGAGCUCCAUUCUAGAUCCUCAGAGCUCCUCAAUGCACACUCAAUACUCAGUAAACUCCUCAUACAGAUGCUGCUACCCGAUCCUACAGUCCCUAAUAAAUUCAUCAUUAAGUCACUCGACCUAAGGAAGUUACGUUACGUUCAAGACUACUGUAUGUCCAUUCAACUGGUCCUGAUGGAGGAUGCUAUGGUUUUCUUCAAGCGUAUUCAAUUUGAGGCAUUGGUGAAAGGUUGCAGAGCGGCAUUUGAAGAUGAUGGAAAUCCAAAGUCGGUAAAAUCAACAAAAAAUCGAAACAAAAAGGGUACAGCCAGCAGCUCAUUAAAGAUAAAACAUGGAGUGGAAUCCAAGGAGAUCAAUCAACAAACAAACAGAGUGCUCAACGUGGAUGAAGUGAAACAGCGGAGUAACUGGCCUGGUAUAAUGGUCACAGAAGCUGUCCUCAUGCAGUACAUGGUCGACAUCAAGCUGGAUGUGAUAUGGCAUGGAUACAUACUGGAGUUAUUGACUGGUAAUCACCUACCACCAAACCCAUACCCACGUCUUGUUACUCUACUCCGACAUUGUGCUCUCAGAAUGCGACUCUGCGCUGACACAAUCAGCACCAUCACCACCAAGCUUCUGCGCCCAGCCCAGACCAAACUGGUUGAUCGUUCGGCCAACGUUUAUGGUAUCCCAAGCGUCGGAGCCUUCUGUCUGUCACAGCAGACUCUGGCUGCAGUAGAUGCAGACCCCGGGGCCUACAUGAGGAUAGUGAAGCUCACUGAGCGCCUUGCCAAUAGGGAGGUCGUCGCAAGAAAGGGCCAAUUCCAGGUUUCUGUCAGUCAGGCCGUUGGGCAGAACUGCGCAUUGUAUGGUCGUCUGGUACCCUAUCUCAACACACUGCAUCUAUAUGAGCAUUAUUACAUUAGAGGCACCAUAGGAGCCGACACUGAAGCCAUUCAACUCUAUGCUAAACUGGUCUAUGAUUACAUUGCAAGCAUCCCAGCGCUGAAUGUGUACAUCGUAAUUGGGGUGUACUUCAACGAGUUUGGUCGUUUCAUGAGUGAGGCAGACUUCAGGUCCGACAAAGCUCUUUUCAUUUCUCAUAUGGUGGAUGCUGCCAGGAAGAAACAAGACAUCUUCCUCAAGCUGUAUCAACCGGUAGGGUGGCGCUAUAUUUGUAUCCAGAAGCACUUUGUUCUGCACUACCUGUUUGUUGAUAACACUGAUGAUAGACAUGAAUGCUACAGUCCCUCUGAUCCAUCGGCGAUGUACCAGUAUAUCUUCCAAUUCCAGGAUGAGGCUUCUGCACACUACCGCGGUAGCGGAGCCAUCCAGCUAGGUAACCCGAAAAACCCUACUGUCAUCAGAUCCGUCAAUAGCUAUCUCAGAGACAAGAUAGAGGGCGCUAUAAAGGAGCACCGAAUGAUGAACGCGUAUCAGCUCAUUCUACAGAAGGCACUUAUUAAUUCGGAUAAGAAACAAUUGGUGGAAGCAUGGCGAGUCCAUCACAGUCUUGCCUUCCAGUUGGAAUACCUUCAGACCAUCAACAGAGACAUUCAAGCCUUGGUGAGGUACGCUCUGACGUCCCCCGAGAAACUCUUUGAUGCCCCCUCAAUUCAGAGUCUGACUAAAGGACGAGGCAGUAACAACAAGACAGAAACGGACUCUGGCAAUCAGAAGCCUUUCAACAAGACCACCCUAGCUAAGUUCAUCACUGUGUACUCUGAUAAGCUGACUUCAACCCUGCAAGAACCUUGUUCCUUCACUCCUGCUGCAUUACUGGAGUUAAUACGAGAGAAACUGGCAACUUUGGUCGCCGUUGAUGAUCAGACGAAGGGGCAGAGUGUGAUCAUUGAUCGUAAGACUGUGACAACCUUGGGUGAAAUAUUUCAACUGCUGCAACCAGUGCAAGAUUGGACUGCAUACGAUGCACAUCAAGCAAUCACAGAAGGUGGAAGCUUGUCUGUAUGAGAAGAAUUCAAACCAGAGAAAGCCAAGUGUCAUGGCCUAGCGGUUAAGAGCACUGGAUUUAAACUCUGGUGUUUCUGAUCAUUAGAAUGUGGGU